AUGCCCAAGCCCAACCAUAUCCUGGUCCUAGGAGCGACAGGUGUUUCCGGCAUCGAAUUCGUCGACCUAGCCCUCUCUCAACCUACAGGGCCAAAACUGACCCUUUAUGUCCGCAACCCAUCCAAACUCCCAGAGACACAGAGAGAAGCGGACCCUUCACGCAUCCGCAUCGUGAAAGGCGAGCUCAAUGACCAGGCUACAUUGGAAAAGGCCAUGACCGACCCGACCACACCCGUCGAAACGGUCGUGUCUUUCCUUGGCGCAUAUCCGACAUUCAAGGCGUUUGUGCUGCGGACCAAAACAACUCCCAUCGCCAAUUGCUUCCCGACUAUCUUCGCCGCGAUGAAGAAAUGUGGUGUGAAAAGGAUCCUAGCCCUGUCGACUCCGGCUUGGUUGAUAAGAGAAGAUGGAGUCAAGACGGAUGCGGAUGGGAGCAAGAAAGAAAAAGAAACAGACACUCUGCCCUGGGACUGGUGGCUGGCCAUGAAAUUUCCACCCCUCCUGAUACCGCAGGGACAUAAGGAGAUGGAAGAAAUCGGCAGACGAGUCACCGAGGAAGGCGAGAAAGGUGGCUGGGGUUUGAAAUGGACGGUUUUCCGUGUGCCACAUUUGAAUGCCGGACCUGCAGAGGAGAAGGUCAGUGCCGGCUUGUUCGGGCAUGGGUUCAAGGGCACAAAGGAGUUGAGUCGUAAGAGUCUGGUCCGCUGGGUUUUGAAUGAGGUCGAGGUCGGCGAGUGGAUCGAUCAGGCGCCUGCUUUGGGUAAUUACUAG